CCCAUCCAGCGAGACAUGGCCACUCCGGCGGCAGCCGCCGACACCGCCGCCGCGACGCUGGCUCCAGUUGCCCCGGAGCCCGCGGCGAAGGUCUCCGUUGCUCCUUCUGAUAUGGCUGCUCCGACCGCGGCAGCCGACACCUCCGCCCCGCCGCCGCCUGCUCCAGCCCCUCCGACCGCAGCCGCCGACCCCGCCGCCCCGCCGCCGCCUGCUCCAGCCCCUCCGACCGCAUCAGCCGACACCGCCACUCCGCCACCUCCUCCCCUAACAGCUACAGAGCCUGCGGCGAAGGUCUCUCAUAAUACUUUCCACAUGGCCCCUCCGACGGCAACCGCCGAGACCGCCGCCCGGCCGAUUCCUCCUCCUCCAGCCCCAGGACUCGCGGCCCAGGUCUCCCAUUUCCCCCCUCCUUUUCCUCAUCAGCCCGAUGCGCCGGCGCCGAAGAGGCGGAAGCUGGAGGAGGCGGGGUUCCACACCUCCGCUUACUACAAGAUCCGGGCCACCGUUGCCGACCUGCGCCUCCGCUUCGUCCAGGUUCACGAAGCUACUGAUUUCCGAAAGAGUGAUGCUGCUGGCGAGAUUCUGAGAGAGAUAAAGACAGUCAUGGAACUCUCCAAGAAAAUGAGGCUUGAUCUCAGCGCCUCUUCUGAACCCGUGAAACUAGAGAAGCCGUUGGCUGGAGCCGUGAAGGACGGACUCACAGAGCAGAUUCCUUCAUCUGGAGAAAGAAAUCAAGUUCCUCGGACAGGUCAGCCUGCAGUUCCUCCUAAUAUCGCAAAUGAUGGUGCACCGGCCACCCAAAAGUGAUGAUAACUCAGGGAGCACAGCAGAGGAAAUAGCAGAGGGAUGGCAAAUCACCCAAAGCACCUCGCGGAAACAGUGCAAGGGUCUUAUGUGGUUGGUGGAUCUCCUGUUGGCUGGAAUUUUCCUGUUUGGCUUGGCGAUAAAAUAAUGUAUUAUGGGUUGGCCAAGGAUGUCUUUCGGACGCGCCAAGCUGCAAAUUGAGAUGUUCUGCUCACGUUGAAACAUUCUGAUUUGUUUUUUAACAUCCUUAAAUUCACUAAGCUCCGUAGGGGCUGGGGCUCUCUUGAUGAGGUAUCAA